AUGCCGGGUCCCGACCAGAACAUCGAAGGCCUCAUGACCGAAAAGUCUCUCAGUCUACACGACGGCGCGGCCGUUGCUGCUGCUGCUGCGGCGGCCGGCGUCAACAAAGUAGCGGAUGCGACGCUGAGUGAGCAGCUGCCGUCCUAUCACGAUGCAGUCGAUGCUCCAACUUCAAUCGACACGUCCGCCAACACAGUGGCCAGGCCGACAGGACAGCAGCAGCUCGACCUCAUUCGGCCCAUGAAGAACAGGCCUUUGGUUGCGGGCGAUACAUGGUAUUUGGUCAGCCGAACGUGGUACCGUCGGUGGAACACAGCCUGCUCCGAGCUUCGCGACUCGGAUCCUGCCGAGAAGGUCGACGUUGCCAUUGGUCCCAUCGAUAAUUCCGAUCUCCUCCACGAAGACUCGAAUCCAUCUUUCGCUCGUCUCAGGCAAGGCAUCAGCGAAGGUAUGGAAUACGAAAUGCUUCCCGAAGAAGGCUGGAAGCAUCUCGUCGAUUGGUACGGAAGCACUGGACCGCUCUUUGCAAGGACCGUCAUCGAAGGUCUCAGCCCUGGCCAGGAGAGCGUCGAGUUCUAUCCGCCCAUCAUUCGCUUGCUCAAGCUAGAAAGCGACGUCACCGUCUCAGGUCCAGGGCCGGUGUCGUUCAGCUUGUCGGUCAGCGCAAGCCUAGCAGAGCUCAAAUUAAAGGCAAAAGAACUGUUGAAGCUCGGCGCAGUCACCGACGUCGACAUUCGAUUUUACCACUAUCCCGAGCCGAUAGCAGGCGAAUUUGACAUCGGACUCGUUCAUAUCAGCAGGGUCGAGGAAGAGGGCGUCGACGUGAUCGACGCAAAGGAAGACGAGCCCGACAGCUAUCAGCCCAAUGUCACACUGAAGGCGGUCGGCGUGGAAGAGAUCGAGGUGUGCCUUGCCGUCGAGACACGGCAGUCAGGUCGAUGGCAAACGGACCCGGCACCGGCGGCUCCAUCGAUGAAGGGCAUCUUUGCUCAGCAGGGCGACUUCUUCAGCAACCUCCAGCAGAACGCGGCAUCACCGAGCACCAACGCGGCCCAAAGCGCGGCAGGCGAAGCGCAAGGCCGAGUGACGAGGUCACAGACCGCAAUCGAUCGUACUAUGGGGCGGUCUCGUGGACUCCGCGGUCUCAACAAUCUCGGCAAUACCUGCUUCAUGAACAGCGCUCUGCAGUGUCUCAGCAACACCUACGAAUUGCAGCAGUACUUUGUCUCGGGCGCCUACAAGGAGGAGCUCAACACGGAUAACCCACUGGGUAUGGGCGGUGCCAUCGCCGAUGCCUUUGGAAGCCUCAUCACCAACAUCUGGAACGGUCAGGGUGGCUCCUUCUGGCCUCGAGAGUUCAAGUAUGCCCUCUCGCGGUUCGCACCGCAGUUCAGUGGUUACGCACAACACGACAGUCAGGAGCUACUUGCCUUCCUUCUCGAUGGUCUUCACGAGGAUCUGAACCGCAUCCUCAAGAAGCCUUACAUCGAGGCGCCGGAUUGGGAAGGUGGCGACGAGAAGGACCUCGUGGCGUUCGCCAAGCGACAGUGGGACAUCUACAAGGCUAGAAACGACUCGGUCAUCGUCGACCUUUUCCAAGGCCAGUAUCGCAGCACGCUCGUCUGCCCAGUAUGCAGCAAGGUGUCGAUCAAAUUCGAUCCUUUCAUGUACCUUACUCUGCCCAUCCCGAACAAGAAGAUGUGGCGAGGGCAGGUGUACUUUGUUCCGUCGGACGCAAGCAAACGGAUGCGAAAGUUCCAGGUCCAGCUGCCAGCAGGAAGCACCGUUAGCAAACUACGACAAAAGGUGGCAGCGCAGUUUGGCGUCGAGACCAAGCGCUUGGUGUGCGGAGAAGUCUGGCAUCACCGCAUCUACAAGUGGAUCGACGACUACGAGCCACUGGUGGACAUCAAGGAGGGCGACUUUGUGUACUUCUGGGAAGUGCCAGCCGCGCCCCGCUUCUCCAAGCAGCGACACUACCGUUAUCAUCGAACGAUCGAAGAUGCCGAAGAUGCGUUGGAUAUUCCGGACGAAGAACAAGCGAUCCUGCCGGUCUUUGCCAACUUUGCCAGCGACGCAUUCGGUGCUUCCUCGAGUCAGGCGUUCGUCAGCCGUCGUGCGCGCUCCGACGCUGUCGGUAUCCCCUUCUUCAUCUCUGUGCCCAAGUCGGAGGUCAACGACGUCGGUGCGAUUCGCAAACGGGUCGUGGAAGGCUUUACGCGAUUCACAAGCCAAUCUAGCGAUCUCAGCAAAGCUGUCGAGGAAGCGGAUGUUGCUUCCACUGCUGCCGCGGGUCAACAGCCUACAUCGCACAUCUCGGACUGGGAGAUGGUCGACGACGCGGCUACCAACAAUGAUGCCGUCGAGAUCGUGGCGCCCAGCAGGACAGACGACAGCGAUGUCGUCACCGAGAUUCGAGAGGACGGCGAGACCGUAGUCGUGCCUGACAUCACCACCUCCUCGUCAUCAGGAACCGAAACGCCCGCUAUCGUCUCUUCGAACACCUCGCUAGAGGAGCCAAAGGCAACUACGCACGCGCAGGCCCAGCCGGUCCUGCGCAUCCGCUUCAGCGUCGCAGAGGCUGGACAGGGUCUGCCGAAGGGGAGCGAAAGCAACGCGGACAAUCUAUCUGAGGAUCUAGAGGAACGUCACUCUCGUCUGGCUCAGCGUCAAACCAAGGCUUCCAGGUCGUCCGAUCAGAUGUCGAUGACAGAGGAUGACGACGACGACGAAGCUAAGGAUGCGGCGCCUGCCAAGGUCAUUCCGCUGGUGUACACUGGCGGCGCCAUCGUCGUCACGUGGUCUCAGUCCAUCAAAGAGCGCGGUCUCUUGGUCGAGUCGGAUUCAGCUCAACUGUGGGGCGAGUAUGAGGAAGUGGUCGACGAGGCCAUUCGGGAGCGCGACAGUGCCGGACCGGCUCGACCCAAGAUGCUAUCGAUCGAAGACUGCAUGGACGAAUUCACCAAGGAAGAGCAGCUCGGUGAGGACGAUCCGUGGUACUGCCCCACGUGCAAGGAGUUCCGCCAAGCCACCAAGAAGUUUGACCUCUGGAAAGCGCCCGACAUCCUUGUGGUACACCUCAAGCGCUUCAGCGCAGGUCGACACUCGCGGGACAAGCUCAAUAUGCUCGUCGACUUCCCCUUGGAAGGGCUCGAUCUGACCGAGCGAGUCGAAGGCACGCAGGCGCUGCGGAGGGUGCAAGAGGAAGCGAAAGAGAGCGGAGAAGAGCUGUCGGAAAGCAUGCUGGGAUCGGGCAUUCUUCGGCCGUUGGAGGACAAUGACGAUGCGGUCGCCGUGGAUCGUCCGAUCUACGACCUGUAUGCGGUCGACAACCAUUUCGGCGGGCUUGGCGGCGGUCACUACACUGCGUUCGCAAAGAGCCCAUCAGAUGGCAAGUGGUAUGAGUUUGACGACUCGAGUGUCCGACCCGUAGCCAACCCGGAAACGGUCAAGAGCUCUUCGGCGUACCUGCUGUUCUACCGUCGCAGGACGACCAGACCGAUCGGAGGCAAGUCUCGACAAAAGUUCCAAGAGGCCGCCAAGACCAAGGCGACCGCCGCCGAGCAGGAGGGUGAUGUUGAUGUUGUGGCACCAGACACUCAGCGCAACGUGACAGGCGAGGACUCGAGCGACUCGUCGAGCGAUCACACUCCGGACUGGUCGAUGAACAUGCGCAGCGGUGCGGACGACAGCAUGGCUGAGCCAGCGGCGGGCUGGUCGAGCCUGGGCAACUCGCCUGCCUCGUCGAACCGUGCGCCGAGCCCGAUUAGCGACACCGGUCUCGACUCUCCUUGA